AUGAAUAAAGAAUUUGUGAGGCGUUUGCUGGAUAUGCGUCCAAAGUUCUGCAUAGCCAGAAAUAAUUCCACAAAAACACCAGACGAGUUCCUCAAGUUCUACAGUGAAGAGAACAGUGUAAAUAUUAAGUAUAGACCUUUGACUGAACAAGAUUACAUGAGGUUUAUUAGUAAAAGAUCGUCUCUUAGGGAGCCAGCUUUGACGAGGGUGAUCACAUCAUUGGCAUACAAAAUGGGCAAGCAAAUGAUUUCUCUAGCUGAAGGUAUGCCCAACGAGGACGUAUUCCCUUACACCAGGCUUCAACUGGACACCAGGGAUGGGAAGGGGUUGGUUAUAGAGGGGCAGGAAAUGGCUACCGCGUUACAAUAUGUACCAUCACAAGGUCUUCCAGCACUUUUGACAGAGCUCCGUAAAUUCCAACACGAUCUGCACCGUCCGCCGUCCAUAUCACGUGAUGUGUUGGUCACCAAUGGUAGUCAGCAAGGGAUCUACCAAUGUGUUGAGCUCCUGGUGGAACCAGGGGACCCAGUGAUGAUGAGCGAAUAUUGCUAUACUGGAAUACACAUUGCUUUAAAACCAUACAAACCAGAAAUCGUUAGCAUCCCAGAAGAUCACGACGGUCUGAUCCCAGAAACUCUAGAGUCCAUGCUAGAAGAUAGACUCAGUCGAGGCCUGAAAAUGCCUAAAUUGCUGUACCUGAUACCAACUGGCAGCAAUCCCACGGGCACUGUCAUACCGGAAGAAAGAAGAAAUAAGAUAUAUGAACUCGCUUGCAGAUUUGACUUUCUAAUUCUCGAGGACGACCCGUAUAUGUUCCUCAACUAUGAUGAGGUCCACGUACCUUCAUUUCUGUCCCUCGACAGUUGUGGCCGCGUGAUCAGAUUGGAUUCCUUCUCCAAAGUCAUCAGCGCUGGGUUACGAGCCGCGUGGGUGACAGCUCCGACCGCUUUACUUCAGCGGCUGGAAUUUCAUAUGCAGGCGCAGAUGUUGCAUAGCUGUUCUCUUUCUCAGACGAUCCUAGCACGCCUGCUAUCUGACCGUGGAUCCCUCGCGUCCCACUUGCGUUCUGCUCGCGCGUUGUAUCGCCGGCGGAGAGACGCCAUGUUGUCCGGUCUACAUACACACUUGCCACCCGUCGCCGCUUGGCAUACACCUCGAGCUGGUCUCUUCGUGUGGCUGCGGCCGUAUGGUCUCGACGAUGUAUAUAAUAUGGUAUUUCAGACGGCAUUCGACCGUGGCCUUAUGUUGGUGCCCGGGCAAGCGUUUCAAUACGACACCAGCGCCCCCUGUCAAUUCAUACGGUUGACAUUCGGUAAAAUACCACUUGAAGACAUAGAUACGGCAUCGCGACAUCUAGCGGACAUAAUUAGAAUCGAACAACAAAAAAUGUUACUCAAAGAACCGCAGAGGUUGGCCACUGAACGCUAG